AACCGCACUCUGCCGUAGCUACACACAAUAAUUUCUCACUAAUUAUAUUUAAAAGCCUCACGCAUCUCAAAGCCCACCUAAAUAAACAAGCGACUUCCAACAAAUCUUUCUCGUCUGAUUAAUACCCAAGUUACCUGAAAUGUAAUUAGUAAAAGCCCAACUGUUUUAAUACCUCUCAAGGGUGUCUUGAUCAUUUCACAACAUUUUUGCCAACGUGGCCUUUUUAGAAAGAGGGAGAGAGAGAAUGGUCAAGGGCAAAGGGCGAAGGCUUGAGGAGUCUUAAAGACUGUCCGUUUGCCUUUUUACUGAGACGACACGACGGCGGAUUAGGACUUAGAGGCAGUUUGACAGUUUAAAACGGUACCCUUUUUCCUUUCUCUCGUCCUUGUACGAACCCUUGCCUAGCCAGUAUGGUUUUCUCAAUCAUUUUCUCCCUUUUUUCAAAAGGCCACCGCCAAUCUCUCCCUCUCUGUCUCUCCGGUUAGAGCUCGGAAUCACGCCGGAGAUCCUCCAGCGAAUCCGACGGAAGCUAAAGAGAAAGAACGAAAAAGUGUUUGAAAAAAACAAGAGAGAGAGGGAGAAAACGUGCGAUUCUGAGAUUAAGAAAAAAAUUAAACAAACGAAGUUAUAAAUUAAAAGAAAAAGAAAAAAGGAAGAAAAGAGGAAGGAGGAGGUGGGGGUGGUUAACGUGCAAUGCAGGGAAAAGGAAGGCAUGAAAGCAGUGCUUGCAAGGCACAGAUGCCAAGAUGAUCCCUUCUUCAUUCAAUCUCCCUUGCCUUAUGCCGCAAUUUAUUCGAUGUUCUCUCCUCUCUCAAAGUCUUUUCUCCCCCCACCUCCGUUUUUAAAUACCUCUCCCUCUCCCUCUCCUGAUUUGGAAAUUGAAAACACACAAAAUAUUCUCUUCUCGUUUUCCGAAUUUUGAUCCCCUAAUCGGCUCGUUUUGACUUCCGAGCUCGAUCUUGUUGAGAAUUUGUCUUCGUUGUUCGCUUGCGCGUUGUAUCUUUCAUAAUCUUCUUUGGCCAUGGUUUCUAUAAUUAAUACAUACUACAAAAUAUAAAACCGAAGAAUUCCGCGUCCUUUGGCUUUGAUUUUUUUGAGUUUUGUUUUGUUUUUGUACAUAAACGGUUGAGGGGCCUGGAGAGAUGGAAAUAUUUUGAGAAAUUUUGAGUUGUUUGAAGAAAUUCUUGGUUUCAUCUGGCCAUAUGAGGCAAUGGACCUUCAGAGUUUGUCUUUACCAUCCUCCUCCUCUGAUGAUAAACGUUUUCCCAAUGAGAGGCAGGUUGGAUUUUGGAAGUCAGACACCGUGCUUGAUCAGCAUGCACAUACGAAGCCAGUUGCUUCAUCAACCAUUGAGAAAAUUAUUCCAGUGGAAAGUCAGAGAACAAAAUAUCUGGAGCAUACUGAGACUUUCACCAAGCAAGACCAGAACGUUAAUCUAUGCAUAGAUAGCCAGGCAGUGGGAGCAGAGAGAGUGCCCGAUCGGUCACUAAAUUUGUUGAGACCUAUUAAACAAGGUCCAGGAAAAAAAUUGAGUUUUAAUGGAGACCAUGGAUUUCAUGUUGCAGAAGGAAGCACAGUCAACACCAUGACUUCCCAUUAUGAGAACAGCCUCUUUUCAAGGUCAUUUUCAGAGUUAUUUACUAGGAAGCUGAGAUUAUCUUCAAACAAUGCUCUACAUGGCCAUUCAAUUGACGCUGUUGCCACAAACUAUGACGAAGAGGAACCAUUCGAAUCUCUUGAAGAACUUGAGGCCCAAACCAUUGGAAACCUUCUGCCUAAUGAUGAUGACUUGUUUUCCGGAGUGACAGAAGGACUUGAUUUUAUUGUCCUGCCAAAUGUUUCAGAGGAGGUAGAAGAAUUAGAUGUUUUUAGCAGUGUUGGAGGGAUGGAUUUAGGAGAUGAUGAUUUCACUGUUGUGCAAAAGAAUUCUGAAUUUCCUGGGGAAAAUCACCAGGGUUUAAGUAAUGGUUUAGUUGCAGGAGAACACCCUUGUGGUGAACACCCUUCUAGAACACUGUUUGUGAGAAACAUAAACAGUAAUGUUGAAGAUUCUGAGCUAAAGGCCCUUUUUGAGCAAUAUGGUGACAUUCGCACUCUUUACACAGCUUGCAAGCAUCGUGGUUUUGUUAUGAUCUCAUAUUAUGAUAUUAGAGCAGCAAGAAACGCAAUGAAAGCACUCCAGAAUAGACCAUUCAGGCGUAGGAAACUUGACAUUCAUUACUCAAUCCCAAAGGACAAUCCUUCAGAGAACGAUGAAAACCAAAGCACUCUAGUUGUAUUUAACCUUGAUGCAUCUGUUUCAAAUAUUGAACUUCGUCACAUAUUUGGUGCCUAUGGAGAAAUCAAGGAGAUCCGUGAAACACCACAAAGAAGUCAACACAAAUUCAUUGAGUUUUAUGAUGUUAGAGCUGCUGAGGCUGCUCUUCAUUCAUUGAACGGGAGUGAUAUUGCUGGGAAGCGGAUUAAGGUUGAGCCUAGCCAUCCUGGGUGUUCAAGAACAUGUUUGGUGCGACAGCUUCCUUUAGAGGAGCGAGAUGAACUCUGCCCUUAUGAGCAUCUACAUAGUCCCUCUAAUAAGGCAACCGUGGCAUUUCCUGUCAGGGCAAACUCAUCAAUUAAUAUGGCUAAUGGGAUUAGUUCAGUGGUGAACUCUGCCAUACAGGCCCGCUUUUUGGAAUCAACAAUUCAUCAUGGAAUCUCUUCCGGUGUGUCUAACAGCUUAAUGUCAACGGCUAGAGUGGGAUCAAUUGGCAAUCAAUCUGUCAUUGCUGAGUCAGGCCACUUGCAAGGUCAACUGACAUUUGAUGCCCAAGGGGCAUCAAGUUUUCAUUCUCGUUCACUACCAGAGUUUCAGAAUGGUUUAUGUAGUGGUGUUCUCUCCAAUUCUUCUGGCCCCAUGGUUGCAAAUAUUAAUUCCAAACCACUUGAAAUAAUUGAUAAUAGGCCAUUAUCCAGAAUUAACUCAAAUGGGCACUCAUUUGAAUUCAGCAAAGCUGGUUUUCCAUCUGCUGGAAAUGUGAGCCAUCUUCUUCCUGGACAUCAUUAUUCAUGGAGUAACUCUUAUCACCAGCCUCCAAGCAUGAUGUGGCCUAAUUCACCUUCCUUAGUUACUGGAACUUGUGGUGCUCAUCCUACAGCACGGCUUCAUGGACUUCCUAGGGCGCCAUCUCAUAUUUUGAACGUUGGUGUACCCAUAAAUAACAGCCAUGUUGGGUCAGCACCAACUGUUACUCCUCUCUGGGACAGGCGACAUGCCUAUGCAGGGGAAUCUCCUGAGGCUUCCACUUUUCGUCCAGGUUCUCUUGGCAGCAUGAGAGGUGCUAAUAAUUUGUCACAUUCAAUGGAGUUCGUUCCUCAUAACAUCUUUCCUUAUGUUGGUGGAAACUGUAUGGAUGUAUCAGUGUCUCAAAAAAAUGUAGGACUCCAGUUACUUCACCCAAGGUUCUCAGCGUAUACUAGGAGAGGGCAAAUCAUUCCGAUUCUGAAUUCAGUUGAUUCUCCUCAAGAAGGUACAAGAAGCCAGAUGAAUGACAGCAGUAUUAAUCAGGGUGACAAGAAGCAAUUCGAACUUGAUAUUGAUCGCAUAAUACAAGGGGAAGACAAGCGAACAACACUUAUGUUAAAGAACAUUCCUAACAAGUACACCUCAAAGAUGCUUUUGGCUGCAAUUGACGAACGCCAUCGAGGAAGUUAUGAUUUCAUUUAUUUGCCAAUUGAUUUCAAGAAUAAAUGCAAUGUGGGAUAUGCAUUUAUCAACAUGAUUGAUCCUAGCCAAAUUAUUACAUUUUAUCAGGCAUUCAAUGGGAAGAAGUGGGAGAAAUUCAACAGUGAGAAGGUGGCAUCACUUGCUUAUGCUCGUAUACAAGGAAAGGCAGCCCUUGUUGCACAUUUUCAGAACUCAAGCUUGAUGAAUGAGGAUAAGAGAUGUCGACCUAUACUCUUUAACACUGACGGCCCGAAUGCAGGUGAUCAGGUGCCAUUCCCAAUGGGGGUUAAUGUUCGAACAAGAUCUGGAAAAGCUCGUUCCACCGGUCAUGAGGGGAAUAAUCAAGAAAGUCCUUCAAAUACGGAAAAUGAAGAGAAUUCUUCUAAUGGGGAAACUUGUUCUUCAAAGCAAUCGGGCUAAGGAAGCCAAUUUCAUUUUUUGAGCGCUAACCUUCUAGCACUAGUACUGCAAAAUCGCAUCUACCGAAAAUCUGGCUACGGGUAUCAAGGAUAUACAUAAAGAAAAAAAUAAAAAAGGUGUAAAAGAAUCUUUUAUGAGAAAGUUUGCUUGGACAAAACUUAAUAGUGAUUCUAAAAUUUUCUUCGGGUUUUCAUGAAUUCUAGAGCAGUUAGAAAAAGGAGUAUUGCUAAUGGAGCUUCAAAAUUUUGGAUAC